UCAGAGAUGUCUUCCAAAAGUCCCAAAGAGUUGAUGAAGAGUAAAUGGGGAGCAAAGCCUGGUAACUCGAAAUCAGAAACUGCAUUAGAGAAAUUUAAGGGAGAAAUUGCAGCUUUAAAAACAUCAGUGGAUGAAAUCGCAAGUGGAAAAGGCAAACUGACUGAUAAAGACAAACACAGACUUUUGGAGAAAAUUCGAGUUCUUGAAGCUGAGAGGGAGAAAAAUGCUUAUCACCUCACGGAGAAGGACAAAGAAAUACAUCGACUCAGAGACCAGCUGAAGGCCAGAUAUAGUACAAAUGCAUUGCUUGAACAGCUGGAAGAGAAAACAAAGGAAGGUGAAAGGAGGGAACAGUUGUUGAAGUCCUUAACUGAAGAAACAGAUGUUUUGAAAAAACAAUUGUCUGCUACAACUGCAAGACUKGCUGAACUUGAAAGCAAAGCCAGCACACUUCGUGUAUCACAGACUGUGGCUGCAAACUGCUUCAACUCAUCAAUGAGUAAUAUUCAUGAGAUGGAAGUACAGCUAAAAGAUGCUCUGGAGAAAAAUCAACAGUGGCUUGUGUAUGAUCAGCAACGAGAGGCCUACGUUAAAGGACUUUUAGCAAAGAUCUUUGAGCUGGAAAACAAAACGGAAACAGCUGCUUCUUCACUCCCACAGCAGAUAAAAAAGACUGAAUCAGAAGGUUACCUCCAAGAAGAGAAGCAAAAAUACUACAGCCACCUCUUGGCAAAUGCCAAAAAAGAUCUUGAGGUUGAACGACAAACCAUAACUCAGUUGAGUUUUGAACUUAGUGAAUUUCGAAGAAAAUAUGAAGAAACUCAAAAAGAAGUUCAAGAUUUAAAUCAGCUGUUGUGUUCACAAAGAAAGGCAGAUCUGGAAGAUGACAGGCAUAAAACAGAGAAAAUACAAAGACUCAAAGAGGAGAAUGAUAUUGCCAGGGAAAAGCUUGAGGAAGAGAGGAAGAGAUCUGAAGAGCUCUUAUCUCAGGUCCAGUUUCUUUACACGUCUCUGUUAAAGCAGCAAGAGGAACAAACGAGGGUAGCUUUGUUGGAACAACAGAUGCAGGCAUGUACUGUAGACUUUGAAAAUGAAAAACUUGAUCGUCAAAAUAUGCAGCAUCAAUUGCAUAUAAUUCUUAAGGAACUCCGAAAAGCAAGAAAUCAGAUAACACAGUUGGAAUCCUUGAAACAUCUCCAUGAGUUUGCCCUCACAGAGCCAUUAGUCGCUUUCCAAGGAGAGACUGAAAACAGAGUAAAGGUUGCCUCACCAAAAAGUCCCUGUGCUGCACUGAACGAAAGCCUGGUGGAAUGUCCCAAGUGCAGUGUACAGUAUCCAGCCACUGAGCAUCGAGAUCUGCUAGUCCAUGUCGAGUACUGUUCAAAGUAG